UCUCUCUCUUUCGCACAGACGGACACCGUUUAUCGACACCAUCGUUGAAUUUGGGGAGGCGGAGAAGAAGAAGGAACAGAUCACCUCUCCCUCAAGCUUCGACAUUGCUGGUUCAAGAAUCCUCUCUCUCGGAGUUCUCUAAAUUCAUUCUAACCCUUCGUGUCAAACAUGGAUACUGAUGAGGAUCUGAACCAAACUGAGGCGAAUGAAAUGCCAUCAUCUCAACAAGAGGAGGAAGUACUCAAGAAGAAGUAUGGAGGAAUUGUACCGAAAAAACCACCACUCAUCUCCAAGGACCAUGAACGAGCUUACUUUGAUUCAGCAGACUGGGCAUUAGGCAAGCAGGGGGCGGAGAAACCCAAAGGACCCCUUGAGGCACUACGACCAAAAUUACAGCCUACUCAGCAACAAGCACGGUCUCGUCGAUCGGCCUACGCAUCUUCUGAUAAUAAAGAUGGAGGUAAUGCUACGGCUGAAGAGAUAACUGAGGACACCAACAGCAGUGAUCAUAAAAGUAUCGAUUUCCUGGAUCAGUAGUUACUGCCAUUCCAUUCUCCCCCUUUCCAAUGCCACAAAUAAGAAAGUGAGAGUGGAUUGUCAUUUUUCCAGAUUAAGGUCGAAGAACUUUCAUUUCAAUUUCAAUUUUUAUCAAAGCAUGAAGGAAGCACCUUCCAAGUUCAUGUCUGAACAACUUAUUGCUCCAAGGUUCACAAUUCUAAUAUCUUUAUGGAUAUAAAUUAGAAGCUUGCUAAACCCUUAAAGGAACUUAUAAUUCAAGGACAUCAACAAAGAUUGGCGAUAUUGUUGGAUCGUAGACAUGACGGUGGAGUGUAAUUUGAACUCAAUGUUAACUAUUAGACUUGGCACUAA